AAUUAACAUCGCACCGGUUUAUUAUUAAUUUUUAAACAAAGCUCUAAAAUCAGAACUGACCGACAAAGAAUAUUGUAUGCAGUUUAUGUUGUUCUUAAGAGAUAUAACAUGUAACAGAAGGAGAGAACGUGUUUAGACUAGACUGGAGGUGGAGAACCGUUUUUAUGACGUAGUUCAAGGGGGCUUAUUUUAGCUAAAGGGCUAUGGAGUGUGCCCAGAAGACAAAAGGUAGACAAAAGAUUGGUACUGGUGGUGAUCUAUUUUGAUAGGUGAUGUUGGUGCUGUUGUAUCUAUACCAGUACCAUGAUGGGGGACCUAGAUUCAUGCCUAGAUGCCUUCAAGCACUUGCCAUACUUCAAACCACUAUAUACAACCAUUCUUAGACAGCAGAUGCAGUAUUUGACUGAACAACUUUCACAACAUGCUGGUGAAGAGUCACUUGUAUUAACAACAAACAUCUCAGCCGGAACUAUCUCAAGUCUCACUUCCACUUACGGAACAGGUUUUCUCGAUCAGAGAGCAGACAUAAAGAAACAAUUUACAGUGCACUGUGCAAAGAAUAAAUUGAAGUACGACAGAAGUUUUAGCAGAAGGAACACUCAUAUUGACAAUAUAUAUCCACAAGAUCAACAAAGCCCUGCUCUAAAAAGAAAAAGGCCUGAUGUUCAGCAGAACAAACAUGCAGUUGUUUGUGGUUACAGUCAAGGUAACCCUGUUAUCAUCGAUGGUUACAGUCAGGCAAAGGACAACCAUACAGUUAUUGACAAAAACAGUCGAGCAAAAGAUAAUUAUAUAAAUAUUGAUGGUUACAAUCAGAGAAAGGAAAAUGAUAAAAUUACUCAUGCAGAAAAGACAGACAGAAAAGUUUGUGAAGUCUUAACUGAGAAAGGAGUUACUAGCAUUGAAAUAGAAAAUGUUAGAAGUUUACAGCAUGAAGAAGAUUCAGAUAAAGAGUGUAAUGCAGAUGGUAACAAAUUACCAGAAAAGUUACUUGCUGAUCCAGAAUAUAAAAGCUGCAAUACUGAUUUUAUUAAACAGGAACCUGUUGAAAACAACUGUAUUAUAAUUGCUGAAACAGCUCCAGAAAGUAUAUGCAAUGAGUUAACUGCACCUCAUAAUAACCAGGACAGUGCCAGUAUUUUGCCAGAAUUGGGUUGUAAAGAUUUACAAGAAGUCGCCAUGGGUGGAAAAAAUCCCGAAAGGAGUGAAGGUGGUAUUUCUAUUGAUAUCAUGAACAAUAUGACAGAUGAUGUGAUAACUAUACAGAAGUCCUAUCUAAGCAGCUCCGAUGAGUGUUCACUGCCUGAGAAAAUUUCCACGGAAACAGAUGAUGUAAUUCGAGUACAAAAGUCUUAUCUAAGCGACUCUGAAGAGGGUUGUAAUAAAAUUGCCACUGAAACAGACGGGAAUAGUAUGUGGAUUGUAGCUGGUGUUGGUAGUGAAGCAAACCUAGUAGAAAUGUCUGAAAGUAAAAGAAAUGAACUAAAUAUGUUUAACAAGCAAUAUUCUGAGCAACCUGCAGGAGCUGGUAUUAAUAAAUCCUUUGAGUCAGUAAUGAACAAGAAUUUUGCCAAUGCUACAGGUGGCAGAUUUUCAUCUCGAGCAAAUGUUGCCUCUGAUGGUGAAAGUGGGGCACAGUUUAUGUUUAAUUUAUCAACACCUACACAAAUUCGUAGACCACCAAAUGAGAAUAAAACAAAAUUUGAGUGUCGAUACUGUACUCAAUGUUUUACGACACCUGCCUCCCAGAGAAGACAUGAACGAAGGCACACUGGUGAAACUCCAUGGUCUUGUGAAUUUUGUGAUAAGAAGUUCUAUAGAAAAGAUGAUUUGCAUGUUCAUUCCUUAAAACAUAGUGGACAGAAACCAUACAUGUGUCCCAUAUGCCUCGUUGGCUAUUGUAAAAAGAAAUUGCUAGAUGUGCAUAUUGCAUCUCAUGGAGACUGGACAGCGGCUUCUACUAGUAGUACUUCUGAAUGAUCUAACUUACUCUUUAAAACUUAAGAACGUAGAAGGGACUCAGUGGCUGAGCAGAUGGCUGACAUACAGCACUGGACCAUUGAAGCUGUACAAUAAAAACCUCAUCUGAAGUUUAGUGUUCUAAUAUCAAAGGAGAUCAUCAAACUUACUAACUUAGUGCAAGAGCUGGAAAGUCUAUAUGACCUAUAAUUGUGUGACAAUAGUACACAAUAGACCUAAGUCUAGAAAAGUGUGACAAUUAAACCCAACAAAAACAAAUAA